UCUGUUUAUAUUUUCUCUUGUGUAAACUCAAAAUAAUUACAUAUUUUAUGAUGGAUUAUACUGAAGGAAGUAUAGCUGAUUUAAUAACACUGAUAAUAAAAUUAAAGUCAAGAGAAUUUCAGUCAAACUAAACGAAUAGAAACAAGGUUAAGGGUAGAAAGUUGGAUAUCAAACAAUAAGUAAACGAGGGAGAAAACACUAAUCUGAAAAAAACAUGCUUAUCAACUAGUAAAAAUAAUAUAAAUUAACACGAUAAUGAAGUGAGUAGCUCGAAAUCUAUUUUGAAAACAAAAGAGUAACAAAAAACGCAAAGAAAAAAAUGGUAUGAGUGAUAAUCAACAACGAGAGAAUGUAGAUAAUGUUUCAUCGAUAAUUUCUAAUAAAAUGAAAAAUAAAAAAAAGCAUCAAAUGAUGGAUGGCAGUACAGUUGAUGGUGAAAAAGAACAAUUAAAUAAGAAUAAGGAUAAUACAGAACCAAGACCAAAAAAAUUUAGGUAAAGAAAACAAAAUUAUCAGCUAGCAGUCAUUUAAAUGGAUCAGUUAACAGUGAAGAAGAACAAGUAAAUGGAAAAGAUAGUUAAGAACGUAGUCUGAAAAUAAAGAAGGCAAAGAAAGAUAAAUUAUUAACAAACAGUGUUGUAAAUAGUAUAGUUGAUAGUUAAAUGUUUCUAUAGAUUGUAAAAAUAAAAAUAUCAAAAGUGUUUUAAAAAUAUAAAUAUGGACCAAUUGAGGAGACAUUAAGGGUUAAAGGUAUACCCGUUGUGAUCCAAAAAUACCCAAAAAAUUGGCUGCCAUCAAAAAAGAAUUUCAUCCUGAUAUAAAGAGUAUCUAUCUUUUGUUUUAUAAGAUUUGUCAAACAAGAUGCUCAAAAUGCGGUUCAACAAAAUGGUAAUGUUUUCAAAGAAAAGCAUAUGUGUGUUCGUUGGUGUGGAUCUACUACAAAAAAUGAUGAGUGCGAGGCAAUAUUUGUUGGAAAUUUGAAUUUCUAUGCAAUGAGUCAGAUAGUACCAGACAAAAUUGAUUAUCAAAAUUUUCCACUGCCAUUCAGAUUAAUUACCAAUGCUGUAGGUGGUACACAAUUUCGACAAGCAAUCAGUUUUGGAAGUUGUCGAAUAGUAUAUAAUCCGAUAUGUCCAGAUCCAGACGUCACAUUUUUCUUGUUCACGAAAGAAAAUCCAGAAUAUCCUGUACCGAUAUUGGUCGGAUCGAGUAGAUUGGUUUCGAAUUUAAACAGCACUUUAUUCGAUGCGACUAAGCCAACAAAAAUAAUUAUACACGGAUAUAAUUCCAACAUGAACAUAAGUGCUUUAGUAGUAAUAAGAAACGAAUAUUUGAGAACAAAAGACUUCAAUAUUUUUACCGUUGAUUGGAGUCCUUUGAAUCAGUCUCCUUGUUAUUUGGGAGCUGUUAUUAACAUCCGCCAUGUAGGUACUUGUACUGCUCAAUUAGUUGAAAGACUUCUAGAAUUAGGAAAUACUGAUAUACACGUUUUAGGAUUUAGUUUAGGAGCCCACGUUACAAAUUAUAUGGCGAUAGAGCUUCGCCCGUAUCGGGUACCAAGAAUAACGGGUCUUGAUCCAGCUCUUCCUGGUUUCACGACGUGGAAUUUAGAUAGUAAACUUGAUAAAACAGACGCGGAAUUCGUCGACGUGUAUCACACUAAUGCUUUUUUUCAAGGAAAAGUUGAAGAAAGUGGCCAUGUUGAUUUUUAUGUUAAUGGUGGUGUUUUCCAGCCUGGAUGUUGGGCACAAAUUAGAUAUUUUGCGUGCAAUCACCAUCGAGCUCCUUUGUACUAUGCAGAAUCGAUAAACACAGUAAAAGGUUUCUACGGAUGGCCCUGUCCCUCAUAUUUCGAUUACCUUUUGGGUAGAUGUCUUCCUAAAGAUCCGCAAAUUCUUAUUGGGGAAUAUAUCACCAAAGGGGUACAAGGAGUUUAUCUGGUGAUUACAGAAUCGGUUUCCCCUUUUGCUGUUGGUAAAUAUGAAGGUCCAAGCGUGGAAAUUUUGAAACAAUUCGAAGCACAUAGGAUGGCCAUUUUGGACAAAUAUAAAAAUAUUGUGAUUGGGUAUGUCGAUGAAGAUGAUUUAUUGGAUCAAUUGUAUAAUCAAAGGAACAUCAAAUCGAAGAUCAGUAAUAAGUUAUUCGAAGUUGUAUUGGAUCGUGAAGAAAAUGCCGAUCUUAUAAGUGUUUUAAACUGAGUUUAUAAUAAAUUAUUUUCAUUAUUUAUUACAAUCGGUGUAUUGAUUUUAUGUAGUAUUUUUGGUUUUAUCUGUCAGUAUCUGGAGGAUGUUGUUAUAUAAAUUGUUGAAAAAUUUGGAAAUUUAUUACUCUCUUUUAUAGUAAAUUUUAAUGUAAACUAAUUUUUUAUUGGUUUAGAGCUAAGCGAUCCAGCUUCUUUAUUUUUCUAAUCAAUUGUUAAGUAAGGAAUUCGAAAUUUGCAUUUUAUGUUAUUAUAUUAGAAUUGUAAAACUUAUAUUUAUAAAAUCCGAUAAUAUUUCAGAAUGUACUUUGUUGCAACACAAAA